UUCCCGCUCCGUCUCUCGGCAGCCAUGGAGGUCAAGGUCUGCAUCAGCCUCGUCCUCGCCCUCGUGGCCACCUUGGGGCUGUGCCGGCCCAUGGCAGAGGCACCAGGGGCUGCAGGGGACCCCCACCAUCCCCCCACCAGCCUGGUCCGGCGGGACUGGCCUGAGUCCCUGUCCCAGGAGCAGAAGCACCUCAUCUCCCGGUUCCUGCCCCACAUCUUCACAGAGCUGAGCGACCCCAAGGGCUACAUGCAGGGGGACCAGGGGAUGGAGGCCCUGCACGACCACUACUACCCCGACUGGAUGGACUUUGGCCGCCGCAGCGCCGAGGACGCGGCCGACGCCGCGUAG